CGGCUGUAAAUCGGAGAAGCAAUCCUGGCUGUGUUCAAUUAAUAACCUUCAACAAAUGUAGUUUCUGAAGUAAUUUACAUUAUCCUGGUAAAAUGAGUUAUUUUAUUUACAUAUUGGAAUUACAUCAUUCGUUCACUUUUACGUGUGUUACCGUAAUAGUAUACAUAAUUAUUAAUCUAGUAUUUACAAAGAUCAAUAAAGUAACUUCAAAGAUAUACUUGGCAUUACUUGAAUUUGAAGAGACGGCAUCCCUUGCAUAGGUUUGUUUUUACUGUAUGUGGCUUAGUUAGUGUGAGGUGUUUGUAUGUGUUUGUGUUUUUUUUUCUCACAAACAUUAAAGGUUACUUGUAUUGAAAGCACAUUCGCUGGUCCAUAAAACUAAUAAAUAAACAACAGUUUGGAAAACAUUUCCACCCUACAGCUCCAACAUAGGUUCAAGAAAGUCUUUAGUUAUGCCAGGAUAAUAACCCCAAGCUGGCUCAGAACAGCAGAGGACCCUAAACGAUUUGAUUGGCUCUCGAGUGGCAUGAUGAACAGACUCCUAUUGUAAUUCUGUAACAUGUAGAGCCAGUAUGCAGCACUUCACUGUAAAUGCAUUGAUUUUGAAAAGCCAAUUUGAAAGACCUCAUUUAGACUCAAACCAAAGCCCUAACCACCAUGUUAUGUACUGACCUUGGUUUAUGGUAAGUAGAGAUCAAUCCAAACUGUAUGAUUAACUCAUUUUAUACUAUAUUCUUAAAAACAACAACAUUGCCAAAGUGCCUUUGCUUUAACUUUCAGCCUAGUACUGCUUACAUUAUUAUUAUUAUUUGUUUAUUAGCAGACGCUCAUUAUUUUUACAUACAAUUACAUUAUUUUUAUAUACAAUUACCAAUUUAUACAGUUGGGUUUUUACUGGAGCCAUCCAGGUAAAGUACCUUGCUCAAGGGUACAGCAGCAGUGUCCCCCACCUGGGAUUGAACCCACAACCCCCCGGUUAGGAGUCCAGAGCCCUAACCACUACUCCACCAGGUACUGAAUACAACACAUUUUCUAUCUAAUUGCAGCUUUUGCAUCUCAUUCGCCAUUCCCUCACUUCUCAGGCUUCCCCUUUGCUGAUUGGAGUGGCCGUCAUUGACUGUGCUCUUCCUGUUGAUCUAAUCUGCGAGUUCAGAAGAUUUAAAGAAGAUAAAGUCCCCAGCUACCUUACAGGACCCCAGCACAAAAUACGCAUUCCCUUUAAUAGAGAGAAAGGGCAGCAUGCGUACUUGUCUGCUGAAGUGAAUGGUAACCCAUGCCUACUCCAGUCUCCACUGAUGAAGACACAGGCUUUGUGGGUUUAGUUGUAAAGGUCAUUUUGCAAUCUGGCCAGACAAAGUCAAAAGCCUCAAAGAGAUCUGUCAAGCAUGUUGGAAUGGUAGCUGGUGGGACAGGCAUCUCUCCAACACUGCAGUUGAUUCGUCACAUAACCUUGGACCCCAAAGAUGACACAAAGUGCUACAGCAUUUCUGCUAAUCAGACUGAGGACAUCCUGUUAAGAGCAGAGUUAGAAGAGGUCCUUGAGAAUCACCCUGAACAGUUUAGACUGUGGUAUACUCUGGACAAGCCACCACAGGGUUGGAAGUACAGUUUCAUUAAUGCAGAUAUGAUCAAAGAUCACAUGCAGCCUCCAGCAGACGAUGUCCUCAUCCUCAUGUGUGGCCCUCCUCCCAUGAUUCAGUUUGCAUGCCAACCCAACCUUGGCAAACAAGGUUACAAGCAGGAAGCCCGUUUUGCUUUUUAACACAGAUGUGGAUCCGGGCUUCUGCUUACUGAAGUGUGUUUUAUUGAGAGCAAUUAAACAUUUACACUGGCAAGUCUGCUUGGCUUUUUUAUCCUGGUGUUUAUUAUAUGUUAUAUUUUUUUUAAAUACAAGGAUACAUG